ACAUUUUUGAUUAAAUGGAAGUUAUGUAGAUUUUGAUUUUCAAUGUUUUUCAGGGUGCUGUGGAUGUCCUACUUUCUGUUUGAACUUGCUGCCUGUGGACCUGUGUUGAACUAUGGCUCCAAUUCUGCUAGUCCAAGUUUAGUGCAGCACAGUGGUUCAGUUUACAGCAACCAGGCAGCUCCCCCGGGCUACAACUAUGGUCAAGAGCAAUAUGGUUCAUCCGCUGUGCCUUCCCCUGAGGAUUCUAGCAAAGUGGAUUGGUGGUCUGCCCCUGUCAAUCCUGAAUCAGCCCCUGUUGCAAACCAGCUUCCACAGAAGUUCUUCAGUGAUGUGUCUGGUUUGUAUCCUGUCUACAGUGUCCGCAGUCGCUCCAGAUAUCAGAACGGGAGAUCUGCGUUUGGUCAGUCCCAUUAUAUCCCAGGAAGGCCGAGACCCUGGCCUUUACCCUUUCCUGGAUUCCUUCUCCUACCUGGGCCUUAUCCUGCCCUGCAGCCUCAAGAUUUUGGUCAAUCAGCACCCCACCCUGGUGCGCCCCACCCUGGUGCGCCCCACCCUGGUGCGCCCCACCCUGGUGCGCCCCACCCUGGUGCGCCCCACCCUGGUGCGCCCCACCCUGGUGCGCCCCACCCUGGUGCGCCCCACCCUGGUGCGCCCCACCCUGGUGCACCCCACCCUGGUGCACCCCACCCUGGUGCACCCCAUCCUGUAUACACACCACUCCAAUGGGGUUUCCCAGCUUCUGAUGAGAAAGGCAAACGGUAG